CGGAGAUGCGUCUUUUGGUUUGGGAGCCUUGCUUCACCGCUAUCCCAGGCUAUCUCUUGCCUGAGGUCUGAGAUCUAAGGUCCAGCUACCCUCCAGGGGCAGUUCCAGAAGUCACCGUUCUGGGGACAUUUUCCUCCUACCCCCUCUAGCGCUGGCCUUGGCAGGCGGAGGAUCCUCGCCCACAUCCAGCUAUGUCUAAGAAAGGGAAAAAGGCCAAGAUGCCCCUGUCCGAUGAGGAGCAGCUGCUUCUGUUUCAGCAGAAGUUGCUGGCAGAGGAGGAGAUGGCCAAGAAGAAAGAGAGGCUCCUGAACCAGUUCUUGAAGGACAAGCUGGCCAAGGAGGAGCACAGCAGUGCUCUGAACCUUAAUAAGAUUAACACACAGUGGAGGACGGUCCUUCGGGAAGUCAAGACCAGAGAGCUUCAUAAGGACAUUGAGAUCCUCAGCCAAACAUUUGAACGAGUGGUGGACUGCAAGGACAGUGUCAUCAAGUCGUUAGCGAAGGACCUGUCAGAAGCUGAGGAGCAGUACGCCCACGCGCUGCGCAGCCACUUGCACAACAUCGACCGGCUCUUGGCCCUGCAGAGAUGCCGGCUCAGCCUCCUAGAGGAAAGUUACAAUGUAGAGCUGGAGGCCCUAACCAAGGAGUUUGAGACAGAAAGGAAGACAAUUAUUGACCAACAUGAAAAAGAGAUUCACUACCUACAAGAUGUCUUCAUGGCCAUGGAGCAGAACUGCAUAGAUUCUGAGUACGAAAGCAAGCUGGAGUUCCAGAGCAUGUGGGACGAUCUCAAAAACAAGAAUUUAGAAGAGAAGCACUUUCUAAGACUGCAACUGGAGCAUAAAGUAGAAGAUCUGUGGAGAAGGUUCCAGGAUGCACUCAAGAAUUACACUGAUGCCACAGAGGAUCGAAAGAUCGCCUUUGAGACUCUAAAGGUAAAGGACGAGAAGAGCUCCAAAGAGAUUGAAGCACAGAUGAAAAAAAUACAGAGACUACAGGAUUCCAUAAUUAUUUUAAAAGGCAAGAUCAUGGUGCACGGCCGCGAGAGUGAAGAACAGAACCAGAACAUUCGUGAUGACAAAGAGUUGGUCCUUGUACAACUGCGAAAACUUAAGGCCCAAAGGACUCAGGCCCGGGGAAUAUCACAGGAGAACUUAGUCAAACUCACCCUGGAAAGUAAUGCCACCCUCAAGGCCCUGAGGAAGAUUGUCGACAAGGGUGAAAAGAUCCUUAAACUUGCUGAAAUAUGUAGGAAAUUUGAAACAGAGGAAGAAAAAGUGCUGCCUUUUUAUUCGUCGGUAUUGACUCCCGAGGAGCAGGAGGAGAUAGAGAAAAUUGACCCAGAGGAGUUUAAUGAGGAGCUUGGAAAGGUGAUAAUGGACUACAUAGGGAUGGAGAAUUUCUGGAAAAGGUACAACAAAGUGAAACUGGAGCGACUGAGCCUUCAACACAGACGUGCCCAGUUGUUAGAAAUCAAUGAGAAGCUGCGGGAGAUGCUCAAGCAGUACUUGGAUGGCAUCUCAGUGAGUGAUGAAGUGCUGAGCCAGCUCAACCCACUCUUUAUCGUCAAUCAUCGCAGCAACUUACCCCAGCCCCCGUCCACGCCUACAGCCCAGCCAGGUGACAAAAAACCUCCAACCACUUACAACAUCAUUGAAGCAGCCCAUGUGAUCUCCCACAUCCUGUGAUACAAGGAGAAAAUCUCUUUUCAACCCCCAGAGAAUGUUUUGAGAGACCUGAGGACUUUGCUAUUAAAAAUCUCCAUGGAGUUUAUGAGCUCCUUAUAUCUUUGCCAUGUUGGAUAGAACAGUCUACUUGGAGGACACUAGGAAUACAGCGGCCCUAGGGGGUAAAGAGAAUAGCUAGGCAACUACCCAGAGGCUUACUUCUCAAUGAUGGAUUGCUCCUCAGAGUCAGGACACCAUGGGAGCCAAAACACAUACGUUCGGGACCCAGAGAUCCUAUGGUCCUUGGGGUAAGUUAGGACAGGAAGAGGAGGGCCAGGAGAAGAGAUCCAAAGCCUCCAACCACCCCCAUGCCAGGCAAGACCCAACUAAGAAUGCCCUUUCUCCCCAGCCCUUUACCUUAUUCCCACUUACAAAGGUAGCAGCAGAAAGUAUCGGGUGA